AUGAAAGUUGAGGAAGAUGGUGAAGGUGUUGUUGAUGUUACAAUUGUAGAAGUUGCGAAGGCUGGGUCAGAAGGCGAUGAUGAUGGUGAAGUUGAUGGUGAAGUGAGUAUAGGGGUUGAUGAAUUAGAAGCAACUGCAUUACAAGUUUUACAACAAAUUCUGUUUCCUGAGCAAUCAUAA